AUGCACGCCUUCCUUGCUCGCAGACCUGUGACUCGCAUAGAAAACGAAGAGGGCACUGCAUUAGUGGUGGACGCGGGGGCAGCAGCGACGUGCAUCACCAAUUGCCGCGACUGCCGCAUCACCCUCACCGGCCGCGCCACCAAGCUCGUCAUUGGUUGGCCUGCGCACCUCACCCCAAGCUUUGCUACUUGUUUCACUGAUGACACCACCUUUGCCCCCAACCCGGCAGAGGGGUGCCGCGACUGUACCUUGACUCUGUCCAAACCAGUGACGACGGGCACCGCCGAGGUCAUCAACUGCCAGUCGGUGACCGUGCACCUCAACCAUCACAUACCCACCAUCCAGGCGGACGGGUGCACGGGCUGUGAGCUGGUGCUGCGAGACAGGCGGGGCUUCCACGCGCUAUACACCGCCAAGACGACGCAGAUGGUGGUCACCCUGCCCAAUGGCGAGGCCGACGGCCAGGUCCAGCGCUACGAGCUCGAUUAUUCCGAUGGAGAGCUGGAGUUGGAUCAGUUCAUCACUCGCUUCGUGGAAGACAACGCGCCGCCGCUGACCGAGAGGGUCAUCAGAGAAGGCGCCGGCUACCCGACCACUGUUCGGGAGAAAGAGAUCAACGACGCUCGAGAGAGACAGCUCGAGGAGGCCCUCGUCAACUUCCUCGACUCAGAGCUGUUCCCCAACCCCGCCCCCACCCCCAAUCGCUGA